UUGGCUCCGAUCGGCUCUGUCUCUCCGCCGCCGCCGCCGCAGCCACCUCCGCCUCGGAGCGUGCGUCCGGCCCCGGUCCGGCCCGCCUCGGCCUCCUAGUCCUCGGCCUCCUCGGCCCCGUUCCCACCGCGCCCCCGCCGCGGGGCCAUGGCCGACAGCGCCAGCGAGAGCGACACGGACGGCGCGGGCGGGCCGGGGGGCGGUGGGCCCGGCGGGCCGGGGGGCGGCGGGGGGCGCGGGCGCGCGCUGCAGCCGUCGUGCUCGGCGGGCGGGGGCGCGGGCGCGGGAGGGCCGGGGGGCGGCGGAGGCCCGGGGCCCGGCGGCGGCGGGAAGCCGGGCGGCAUUGUCAUCUCUCCGUUCCGCCUGGAGGAGCUCACCAACCGGCUGGCGUCGCUGCAGCAGGAGAACAAGGUGCUCAAGAUCGAGCUGGAGACGUACAAGCUCAAGUGCAAGGCUCUGCAGGAGGAGAACCGGGACCUGCGCAAGGCCAGCGUCACCAUCCAAGCCAGGGCUGAGCAAGAGGAGGAGUUCAUUAGUAACACCUUGUUCAAGAAGAUUCAGGCCUUGCAGAAGGAGAAGGAGACGCUGGCUGUGAAUUACGAGAAGGAAGAAGAGUUCCUCACUAAUGAGCUCUCCAGAAAAUUGAUGCAGCUGCAGCAUGAGAAAGCCGAACUGGAGCAGCACCUGGAACAGGAGCAGGAGUUUCAGGUCAAUAAACUGAUGAAGAAAAUCAAGAAACUGGAGAACGACACCAUCUCAAAGCAGCUGACGCUGGAGCAGCUGCGGAGGGAGAAGAUCGACCUUGAAAACACAUUGGAACAGGAGCAGGAGGCGCUGGUCAAUCGGCUCUGGAAGAGGAUGGAUAAACUGGAGGCGGAAAAACGAAUCUUGCAGGAGAAGUUGGACCAGCCUGUCUCUGCUCCCCCAUCCCCUCGGGAUAUCUCCAUGGAGAUAGACUCUCCAGAAAACAUGAUGCGGCACAUCCGGUUUUUAAAGAAUGAAGUGGAGAGGCUGAAGAAGCAGCUGCGAGCGGCCCAGUUACAGCACUCAGAGAAGAUGGCCCAGUAUUUGGAGGAAGAGCGUCACAUGCGGGAAGAAAACCUGAGGCUUCAGAGAAAACUCCAGCGGGAAAUGGAGCGGAGAGAGGCCCUAUGUCGGCAGCUUUCGGAAAGUGAAUCCAGCCUGGAGAUGGAUGAUGAAAGGUAUUUUAACGAGAUGUCUGCCCAAGGAUUAAGACCUCGCACUGUGUCCAGCCCAAUCCCUUACACGCCUUCUCCCAGUUCAAGCAGGCCCAUAUCACCGGGUCUGUCAUACACAAGUCACACAGUUGGCUUCACACCCCCAACGUCGCUGACCCGAGCCGGAGUGUCUUACUACAACUCCCCUGGACUCCACGUGCAGCACAUGGGAGCUUCCCAUGGUAUUACAAGGCCUUCACCCCGGAGAAGCAACAGUCCGGACAAAUUUAAACGCCCCACGCCUCCGCCAUCUCCGAACACACAGACUCCCGUCCAGCCUCCACCACCUCCACCCCCACCACCCAUGCAGUCAUCCCUCCCGUCUGCUGCCUCGCCACCUGCCUCUUCGCCACAUCCAGUACACCCCCCCUCACAGCCCUAGUGCAUGCGCUCCAGCAGGUGGGCUGUAUUGAAGGUGGGGACUCAGGAGAUGGAGCCGUUUACGAAAAGCCAGAGGCUUCCCUGGCACCUGGGGGUCUCUAGACUUCACUAUUAAUGGUGUUGUAAAUGUUUGUCCAAAAUGCAGCCAGCCUUGUGGGUCUAUGACACUAACCCCUUAGAACAACCUUUUUCCAUCAGCGUUUACUUGAAUUUACAUGUAGGUCUAUUUUCUGGCUGGAACAUUUGCUCCUUGAUAUUUGGUAACUUGGCAAUGCGCCAUUUGCUCGGCUCUAGAGUGCUUUUUUUUCCUCCUGGCUUUUAGGUUGGUAAAAUAAAAGGGAGACCUAUUUGUCUUCCCUCUCCCCCUGCUCCAUGGCAUAAGCAUAAAGAUGGCGGGCUCAGUGGCCCAUAUCUUAGUAAAUUUGUAAGAACCUUGGUGUCUGCCGAGCAUCUGAAAGGAUGAAUUUGAAUGUCAGCUUCAUCAGUGCCCAGGACACGCCCAUUGAUAGACCUUUUUUCCAAGUUCCCUGCUUGGUAUCCAUACCUGCCCACCAUGCUCUCCCACUGACAUACUGUUAUAAGCCAGUGGAUACAAUAUAUUGUUGGGUAAUUAUCACUUGUCCAGGUACACAGAAUGUAAGAUUCCUGAAGCUCGAAGUGGGGCUAUUUCCUUGAUUGUUCAUGUCCACCUCCCUGUAUGCUAUAAGCUGACCAUACUGUUAUUUCCAGCACAGUUCUGUACAAGUCAUCUUCCCCCAUUUCCACCCACCCCCAUGUCUUGGGGGAGCAAGUCAAAGAUGCUGCCAAAUAUGGCACCAUAGGAGGCCACGUUGUGAGACCCUGAAGAGCACCGGAUUUCCUUUCCUGUCCCCCACACCAUGUGCCCCUUCCCCUGCCCUUCCACCCUCACCAUCAGGUGAUUUCCUGAAACACAGGUGGAACAAAUAUCUUCAAGAAGCAAAUUCCUCCUAGAGACCAUGGUUGAGAACGGACAUUAUAGGAAUAUCAGCCUUGUCGCCAAGAGAUACCAUGUUGCUUGAUAGGAGAAGAAGCAAGCAGGUCAGCAGCACCUGGAGACACUAAGGGACACUGACUGGACAAGAACCGGUGCAGUGUAUGGAAAGACUCGGUCCCAAGGAUGGUCCUUUAGCAGCACAAGUAAGUGAUUUGGCUUCAUGACUCCACAAGAGAGAAGGCGAGGCGCUCUUCCUUCGUCCUAGCGAAACGCCCCUUUUGGUUCGGCCACAGUUUCUGUUUCUGUACUUUGAUAGUGAAGUGAUCUUCCCCACCUGUGUUUGCAUAUUUCCAUACGCCGUGGACGAACUCCUUCCUAGAGAAUGUAUAUUUUAUGAUGAGAGUGUGUAUCUAUUCUGUUGGAUAUAAUCAAAGAACUGAAAAAUAAUUUAUCAGUCACUUUUUUUAAGGAUCCAUGUUUUGUGACCGAACCAUCUCGAAUGUCCCCCUUUUAUUGAACACAUGCCUAAAAAAAGGAACAUUGUAGAUAUUAAAUAUUGUGCAGUCACGUAAACUUUCAUUUUUGCCUUCGAAUACCUAUUUAAAAGUCUAGAGAAACUGACUGGAUUAGAGUGCUCAGUGAGUAAACUCUAGAAAGGUAAAAACCACCAUAAGAUUUUUCUCCCCUUCCUGUUUCCAUGCCAAAACAAGGAAACAUGGCUCUGGCUUUUAAGCAUUUCAGAAAAAAAUCGUGUGUGUGUGUGUGUGUGUGUGUGUGUGUGCGCACGUGCGAUAUACAUUUUAUAUUUAAUAAUGUGGGUGUAUUAGACAUUGUCAUUGUGUUUUCUUAAAACAGCAAUGCCAAGAAAGAUCACGUGAAUCAAGCGACCAAAUUUCCAUACAGGUUCACAGCAGCUCCAGGGCCAACAACUCGGUCUGUUGUUGUGACCGUCUCAAACUUCCUUGUGGGUUGCAUCCCCUCCCCACCACUCCAGCUAAUUGAGUCAGUAAGCGAAAUCACUUCUGUGUGUGCACUAGGGAUUCUCAAAGAUGGACUUAGGAAAAAAAAAAUAGGUUUUACCAUUCAAAAUCUCUCCUCCAAGAAUAUUAUAAAUGACAACGCUGUAGGGAGCAUAGCUUGCUUUUAAGAACUCCUCAUUGCUCCAGUCCCCAGAGAAUUCAUUUAUCCCAGUGAAAGCACAAAAGUCGAAGCUUUGCAACAGAAUGGAUGUGAUGAACAAACGGUGAUUCUCUUGGGUAGAAAGAGAACUGUCUAAGAGAUGUACGUGAAUUACAGGCAAAAUUCUUCAAAAAUUCAGAUUUCUGUAAAAGCGAACUGCCACUUUGUUCCAAAACUGAAAACUAGAAUUAGCCACUGUCAAUGUAGCUGGCUGCCCCUCCCUGACACUGCAUGUACAGUAUCUGUAGGACAAACACUGCUAAUUGGUGUGUGAUGUAAUGGUCUCUCAGAGCACUCUCUGGUCCCCUUGUGUCAUGUUAUGGCAUCAGCACUGCUGCUGCCCAGGACUCCCCAUCCUAGGCAGCCAUUGGUUGGGUCCACUGGGACCCAUAGGAUCAGGUAUGCUGAGCCAGGGAGGGGAAAGGAACUUACCUGUGGGAAGCAUCUUGUCCUUGCUCUUUGCCUCAUAGCCCCCUUCCUUGGUAUCCCAGCUGCUGCUAUUCCCGGGUGCACCUCCAGAACUUAUCACCCCUUCAGUUGAUGCUGUGAAUUAAAUGCAGUACCUAGUGAAAGUCAGUCGUGGUACCCGUAGAGCUAGUUUUCCUGCAGGCAACCAGUGGCACAUGUGAGCAGACCCUUGGUAUUCGUCAGGCCGAGAGAAUAGACGUUGAGAUUAGAUAAGUGGCCGUAAUCGCAUCUUUACAGAUGGCAGAGAAGCGGCCUAGUGGAUGUCAGGGUUCUGCAUUUCCCUUUGCAGAAUUCCAGCAGCUUGGCAGAAGGUAGAAAUUCUUGAAAGUUUUCAUCCCCUUGCCAUCCUGAGGAGUCUGAGUUUUAAAGUGAUGAGCUUAGCAUGGAAUGAGCAACCAUGGAAUGCAUAUGUGACCCGAAUGUGACUUUGACACCAAGGACUGUCCCCACCAUGAUUGAUUGGCCUUUCUACAGUAGGACCAAAAAUAGUUGUGUAUCACUAAAUGUCACACAACUGUAAGAGAUUAGAGAUUCUGUGUUGCUCCUCCCCCCCAUAAAUAAGAGAUUUUUCCCACUGGAAGCCUUGCUAGGAAAGGAAGCCUCAGACACCAGAAGAGAAGAGUAAUUUGUGCUUUGAGACCUUAUUAGUUUUUCUUAGCAGUACAGAAAUCUCUGUGUGGCUUGAUCUUCUGGCCAGUCAUUGUCUUGUAGGUAACCAGCAUUGAAAACAUUUUAACGAGGACUACCAAAGAAGUGCAUAGCAAAAUGAUAGUUUAUUUCCAAAUGAUUAGUGAGCCAGUCAUUGAAGCUGCUAUGUGAGUUCCAUGCUGAAGAGCCAUUAUAACAAAUUAAGGGAGUUGUUUUCUUACAACAACAAAAAAUGAAACAUCACACACAGCUGUCAGCCUAAAGUCAUAGGGAGCAUUUUCCCAGGUGCUUGGCCGUUUUUGUACUGAUGAACUGCCAAGUCUGGACUGCCUCUUGUUAGGGGAUGGAGAGUAUCUGCUAUUUCUAAGGGCGUGGGAGCUGUGUGUGCGUAUGCGUGUGCGGUGUCUGUGUGUGUCUGCGUGUUCAUUCAUGCCUUAACUCUGGUUACUGCUCAAAUGUAGUUCUCAACUUAGUCUGCCUUGUCAACUAGUUUGUUUGGGACUUCUCAAUCUGAACUUCAUCCUGGCCAAACCACCCUCCCUCCCCCCACAAAAGCAACUAAAGAACUGAUUCCUCGGAAUAUUAUUUGAUCAGGUCAACCCCAAAGCUCCUUUGGACUUUCUUUGGUACUUAAGAAGUCAUAUAAAAGUGAACUGGAGAAGUGGAAGGAAUUCACCAAGGAAAAGAGCGUGUCUUCUCACCUCGACAUCUCAGUACCCAAUGUUAGCGACUCAACCAUGGUUUGGCCCCACAGCUUGAGUAAAUUUGGAGAUGCAGUGGCAAUCUUGAUAUUCUUGCUUGGUCAGAGUUUAGAGAGAUGUAAGACUUCAAUUAAUGUCUUUUUUGCUUUUUUGUGUUGAUUAGUCUUUGAUACAUGUGCUGAAUCAGAAACCUGAAUAAAGAUAAUUUUUUUAAAAUGGA